ACCAGCUUGUCAUUUUCAGGGAAUAGACUGAAGGUCAGGAGCUAUAGUGGAGUGAAUGAGUCAGAGGGUGGUAGGAGGUGAAGAGGAACAAGGGCUAUAUCGUAGUCCUUGUUUAAAUAGCUUUCAAGAGACUUUAGCGACGAAAUAGCUAAGAUCUGGGACUCUGGAGCCCUUGGCCUAGGUUUGAAUCUCACUUCUGCCCAGCUGUGUCACUUUGGGCAAGUCAGUUAACCUUUCUGGCCUGUUUCCUCAUCCGGAAAAUGGGAAUAAUUUUUAGUCUACCUCCCUCAUAGAGUUUUCCUGAGGAUGAUGUGAGCUGUUGAUGUGAGUAAAGACCUUUAGAACUGUUCCUGGCCCACAACAACACACAAUUGACCCAUGUAACAAACCUGCACAUGUGGGCUGGGCGCGGUGGCUCAUGCCUGUAAUCCCAGCACUUUGGGAGGCUGAGGCGGGCGGAUCACCUGAAGUCGGGAGUUUGAGACCAGCCUGACCAACAUGGAGAAACCCCAUCUCUACUUAAAAUACAAAAUUAGCUGAGUGUGGUGGCGCAUGCCUGUAAUCCCAGCUACUCAGGAGGCUGAGGCAGGAGAAUUGCUUGAACCUGGGAGGUGGAGGUUGCGGUGAGCCGAGAUCGCGCCAUUGCACUCCAGCCUGGGCAACGAAAAGUGAAACUCUGUCUCAAAAAAACAAAAACAACGACAAAAAAACCCCUGCACAUGUACCCCCUGAAUUUAAAAUAAAAGUUGAAAAAAAAUAUAUAGAAUGUGCCUGGCACAUGGCAAGUACUACAUAAGAGUUAUCUGUUACUGUUACCUAUUAGUUUGUUUCUGCCUAUGUCUGUUUCUCUCCCUCUAACUGUGAUGGUUAGAGAGAGAGAUUGGAUUGGAAUCCAUCUUUUUUCCCUGUAUCUUUCUCUCCCUGUGGGUAUCCCUGAUUUUGGCUCCAUCUGGUCAGACUUCCUCUUCAAAUUCCUGGUGAUUGGCAGUGCAGGAACUGGCAAAUCAUGUCUCCUUCAUCAGUUCAUUGAGAAUAAGUUCAAACAGGACUCCAACCACACAAUCGGCGUGGAGUUUGGAUCCCGGGUGGUCAACGUGGGUGGGAAGACUGUGAAGCUACAGAUUUGGGACACGGCUGGCCAGGAGCGGUUUCGGUCAGUGACGCGGAGUUAUUACCGAGGGGCGGCUGGAGCCCUGCUGGUGUACGACAUCACCAGCCGGGAGACAUACAACUCACUGGCUGCCUGGCUGACGGAUGCUCGCACCCUAGCCAGCCCUAACAUCGUGGUCAUCCUCUGUGGCAACAAGAAGGACCUGGACCCUGAGCGGGAGGUCACUUUCCUGGAGGCCUCCCGCUUUGCCCAGGAGAAUGAGCUGAUGUUCCUGGAGACCAGCGCUCUCACAGGCGAGAACGUGGAGGAGGCGUUCCUCAAGUGUGCCCGCACUAUCCUCAACAAGAUUGACUCAGGCGAGCUAGACCCGGAGAGGAUGGGCUCUGGCAUUCAGUACGGGGAUGCGUCCCUCCGCCAGCUUCGGCAGCCUCGGAGCGCCCAGGCUGUGGCCCCUCAGCCGUGUGGCUGCUGAGCUCUGUGGAGCCAGCUCACCUGUUCUCCAGGACCAGCCCUGCCCUUCCAGCUGGGGCCCAGGCCCAGGCUCCGAGAGGCCGUGUCCUAACCUGCCCUGGCCCCGGAGAAGCUACGUUGCCACCUGUCCCCCUUCCCUGGCCUGGUGGGGCCUGGCUUUGGGGCAAGACUGAGCCACGGGGGAAGGGGGAUCCCGUACCUGCUGCUGCUUCCUCUGUCUUGGCUAAUGUCUGUCCCCCUGAACCCCUAACCAUACCCCAAGAGCUCCCAAAGCCUGAGACCAGGGUCAUUUGUCCCCAACUCCCCAUCUGGCCCUGCUGUUGCUAGUACCUGUUAUUUAUUACCUGGAGGCCUGUCCAGCACCCACCCUACCCCCAUAAAGCAUUGUUUACACCUGU